UCCAUCUCGGUUGUGCAAUCCAAUUAGCUCUGAGCUUUCUGAUAAGCAACGCGACCAGAUCACCACACACACUGUGUGUGCGACCAGCUGUAGCUGGUGAGCCAUCCCGCCGCGUCUUCCGGACAUCUUCAACUUCUUCGGGAUCGACGAGAAGAAUAAACAUAAUCGAAGAUGUUGACAGCUCACUUGCUGAUGCUCACCUUCAUCUGGACAGUGUCGGUUUCUCCGGGAUCGGCGGUGAAGUUCGUCGUUCCACAGUGUGACCGGACUAUGUUCGAUCGGAAUGUUGAGAACUGCCUGUCGGAUUUCAGCAGGAGCAUGGAAUGGAGUGGCUAUCAGGACCAAUGCCCAUGGCCUACAGUCAAACGGUCUUACAAUGAACUCAAGCACUGCGUGGACGACUGGGCUAAUAAGACGUGGUGUAGGGGGCGGGGCUUCCUGGCAGAUGAAAUCUUCCUGGAGGUCCACCAGUCGUACUUCGCGCUGUGCGGACAGGUCCACGACCCGCCGCUCUUCACGCUCAUCAUGCUGAUCGCUCCAGGGAUCGUCGUCACCUUCUUCCUGCCCCUCCUCUGUGUGCACCUCACCACCUGGAACACGGAGAUGCCCGGCACCCUGGGACUCUGACUCGGCGACCCCUGACCUUUAAACCCAUUCUGGAAGUGGGCCAGGAACACAGUACUGGGUUCCUUUGGGGUAUGAAUUCCAGAAAGCUACAGCCGGCUAAAGGUAACUAAGGUAUGAUUAAACUGUGAAAAUAUGAGUGUAGUUUUGGGAGGACCAUUGGGAUCAUUGGCAUGGGUCAAAAUACUGAGGAAAACUGCACUUCUGAAUCAUCACUAUAUUCAGAACAACAUCACGUCUAUGUUUUGUUACCACUUCCACGAUCAUCUUCAAACCAAUUUACCGAAGAACGACCAAAGUGUUUUCCUCACCUGCCUAUAACCUGCUCACCUUAUUGUCCUUUCUUCAGGUGUCAUGUAAGAUGUGUAUGUUAUUCUCAAAGCUUUAUUUAUUUGUGGUUGUGUGUAAAUAUUUGACAUUCUUUAGAACUGUAUGUCUUGUAUGAUUGAUGCUGUAUUCUGCUUUCAGAUUAGCAAUAAAACU